GAGAGAGAGAGAGGGGAGAGAGAGAGAGGGAGAGAGAGAGAAAGAGAGCUGUCAAAGAGAAAAAGACGAGCGACAUUGUUAGAGUUACUUCCCUUGGUUCAUCAUUUCGCCGAGAACCGAAAUGGAACCCGGGACUUCGGGUCCCGGUUUUAUUGACCUCAUCUACAAAUGCAACAGGAUGGAGAUCCCCGAUGUUGCUCCAAGCCAGUGUAUGCCUUUUAUUAUUGAAGGGUGCCAAGUCGGUCUGAUUCCGAAGAGUUUCUGGAAACAUCUGGAGACCUAUUCCGAUGUCUUCUACCUGGAAUCGACAGAAAAACAUGGUGACUGUAUUCAUCUUCACCAUUUCUCUUCCGUUGAAGAACGUUCCAGAAAAGUAGAAGCUGUUCUCAAAGACCUUCGAGGAAAGAAGAUCUUUAAGAAACUACAAGGCUGGAGAAACGAGGUAAGUUUAGGAAUUCGUUUUCUUUGUAAUCGGUGGAGCAUCGGACCCCACAUACACAUACAUACAUUGUAUAUACACAUAUAUAUACAUACACAUUUUGUUGCAGAUAUUUUUGGUAUUCAUUCCUAUGGAACUCACCUGAAUGGUUACACCUAUUCUGCUGAUGGGAAACUAAUGAUGUGGAUUGGGAGACGGAGUGCAACGAAACCCACAUGGCCAGGAAAACUGGAUAACUUGAGUGCCGGUGGUCUGCCAGUCAAUAUGUCCGUCCUUGAAUGUAUGAUAAGAGAAUGCCAAGAAGAAGCAUCCAUUGAUGAAUCCUUAUUGAAGAAACUCAUCCCUACUGGAUCCGUCAGUUACAUGUAUGGUACCCAGGAUGGAUUGUACCCAGAGACCCAGUUCGUCUUUGAUCUCGAACUUCCUCCAGAUUUUGCCCCCAAAAACGCCGAUGGUGAAAUGAGCAACUUCUAUCUAUUAACAAUCGACGAGAUUAAAAAGAAAAUACUCGAGGAAGACUUCAAACCUAACUGUGCAUUAAUUAUAUUGGAUUUCUUAGUUAGGAUGGGUAUCGUAACACCUGAUACAGAACCUCGUUAUCUUGAAAUAGUUGAGUUGCUCCACCGACCGAUUCAAUACUUAUUCCGUGAUUUCACAUUUUGGUCGAAAUCCGAUAUACCACGGUUCCAGUAGCUCCAGGAAACCCUUGGAAUUUUCUACAAAACCCCAAAUAAUAUGAACCUAGUGAUUCCUACCAUGCUAAACAACAGAGACAACAAGAACAUCAGAAAUGUCAGCGACAAUGACCACAACUGCAGCAGCAGCGAUGACAAUAACAUCAGCAAGAACUGUGGCAAGAGAGACAACAACGACGAAAACAACAGCUGCUGCCACCACAUCAGAAGCAGCGUUGAGAACAACAGUAAGGACAACACCAACAACAGUAGCAGAAACGCAAGCUGCAGCAACAACACCAGCAACAACA